AUGGAUGAUGAUGGUGACAUUGAUAUUUUUUUCUCCAAUUGGAACAACAAGAAUCGAACUGAUCGCCUUUUUAUUGUCUCUUGCCUUAUCGCUGCUCUAAUUGGAAUUUUGACUAUAGCCUACAUGUGGAUUGCCAUAGUAGCGUGUCCAAUGAAACAGUAUGAGCAACUGUUAGGAGUUAAAAUUUUUACAAGUAUAGCCGUACGGCUAUACGCGGCUAUACUAUUUAAAUGCAAUAUUAGGAGUCAGAGCGACAAGUCCAAGCAUGGAAAUGAACCCUCUGUUGACACGGGAAAUAGUGGUAGUACUGGGGGUAUGUCCACAGAAAGCACAGCUGAUACUCAUCAAGCUGUUAAUCUCUGA